AUGGAUCAUGUUUGGAGGCUGAUGGGCGGCAAAGACUACAAAGAGUUGCUCCUCCCCUCCGACGCUGUCAACACGUGCCCUCUGUGCUAUGCGAACUUUCAACUCUUCGAGGAGACAGUCGAGACGGCUCAAGAGGACUGGAAGGUUUACGCGAAGCACUUUCAAGUUCCCAAGGAUGUGCACAGUGUGAAGGCAAUCAACUAUGCUACACUGGAAUUGACCACGAAGAAGAACGAUUACUUUGGCAUCCAUGCCGGUGAACGCGUUUUCGUCCGCAUCCUGAACGUCGAGUCCUCAAGCAAAAGCAUAGGGGGACUCAACUACUACGACUUCGCAACCCUGGUACAGGACAUAGUGAAGGUAAUGCUCGAUCCGAGCAACGAGGAGGCAACAGGCACGGUGCUGAAGUGGUUCGAAAACUAG